CGCACUUCAGCAGCGGAACUAGAAGGCGGCGAGGCUCUGGAUCUGCACGGCGGCGACCAGGACGGUGGCGGCGAUUUGGCGAGCGAAACGGCGCGGCGGUUCUGGCUGUGCUGCUCCUCCACGCGGCGGUGGCUCCUCAACGCGGCCUGACUGCUCGCGGACGGCGGAUUGACGAUGGGUUCGGUUCUUCACUGGACGACGACGGCGGCGCUACGAAGGGACGCUGCGGCGGCUCGCAGACGAUGGCGAACACCUGCACAGCUCUCCCCCUUCUCGAACAGGCGGCGUAGAUCUGGGCGGCGCGGCCUGCUGCUCGCGAAGCCCUACCCAGCGACUGCAACGGUCGGCGGGAGACCAAGGCUGCGCGACGACGACAGCGAGGCAACCCCAAGGCUGAGGCUCUCUCCCCUGCUGCGCGACUCACUCCGGCGCGGCCCUCACAGCGGAGACUGUUCAGAUCCUAGCAGUGGCUAUCACAGAUCCGAAUGAAACGGACGGACGCUCCUUCCUCUUCUCAGAUGGCACACGGUUCUUACUCCAAGAACCCUGGUGACAGCUUCUCGAUAUUCGUGUUCUCGUGUUGAACAAUCGAGCUCCGAUACCACUUGUUGGGAAUAAACGCACGCGGAAACAACACACAAUCACGAAUCAACUGCAGAAAAAUAAACGACACAGGAUUUAACAUGGUUCGGCCGACAACUGCAACCUACGUCCACACGGGGCAACUAGGAGGAUUUUAUUAUUUGUUGUUGCACCACCAUUACAAGCACAUUAGCAUCUCUUAAAUAGAGAUUAGUUAGGGAGACAAUGAUUAAGCCGUAAGCUUCUAGGUAGCUUCCUGCCAAUUUCCUGUUAGCUUCCACCUAGCUUUCUGGCUUCACACUCAAGGAUAAAAGUUAAUACUAUGUGAGACUGAAAAGAAUAUCAUAUGGAGUAUAUCACAUGAUUAUGUUUAUAAAAAGAAGAAGAAGAAGAAGAAGAAGAAGAAGAAGAAGAAGAAGAAGUAAAUUUGUUGAAAAAAGAAGGAUUUUGUGUGGGCCUCACAUUUUGGCUCUCCCAACAUAACUAACAAUAUGGAAACAUGGAUGAGAAUGGUGGAUAAUCUUUCACUGGAAUGAAUGAUGACUUUUUCGAUGGGGAAAGCAUGUGAAAGUCUCCGUAUCAGCCUCAGAUGAAAGUCAAAAGCAGUAGGCUAGAUGAGCGAAAACUUGGCGAUUCCUUUGGGCCCCAACGAGAAAACUAGAGGAUGAGUUUGAUGGAGAGGCUUUGGAGUAAUCCUCAUGGCGGCAACCCAAGGAAAUGUACACUGUGGGUUUUGGCACACAACAAGCUGCAAAGGAAAUGGAAGUCAUGUGUUAGGAUGAGGGCUUUAGGGUACGAGGAGGAAGUGGAGGGACAUGGCUGAGGGUCCUCACUUGCAUGAUGACACAUUCAAGCGGCAGAAGCAGUAAUUUCUCCUAAGCUCUGUAGACUCUGUUGUGAGAAGUGAAUAUUGGUUAAGGG